AUGCAGCCCGUCAUGGAAACCGCUGGCGCCCUGUACACCAACAUGGAAAACGCUUCCUCGGCCACGCGCAAGCUCGUGGAGCGCUACAUCAGCGGCGAUGGCGUCAUCGUCGGCUGGGGAUUCUGCCGCAAUGGCGAGCUUGGGACGAACUUCCGCUACAACCUGGUGACGCCAAUGAUGAUUGGCGGCCACGACAAGCCGAUUCGCAUGGCCUGCGGCGGUCUCUCAUCUGUCUGGCUCGGCGUGCGCAGCAUCUUGAUGGCCAUGGGCGGCGGCAUGUGGGGUGAGCUUGGCGUCGGCAACCCGCGCUUCUGUCCGCGUGUGAUCGCAAAUGAGGCGAACAUGCCCAUCUGCCCUGGGCAGGUGGAUGUUAUUCCCUUCACGCAGGACGACGUUGUCGUGGAUGUGGCGGCUGGAUCCGCCUUCUACGCGUGCGUAUCCCUAAAGGGCAGCGUCUUCACAUGGGGUGCAAACAACUGCGGGCAGUGCCACCCGGACCUCAACAACACAUGCUGCGGCUACGGGCAGCUUCGCAUCGUACCAGGCGAGAAAGUGGUGGAAGUGGUGUGCUCCAACUAUAGUGUGCUGGCGCGGACCAUGUCGGGCGCCGUCUACGGCUGGGGAGAGGCUACGCUGCUCGGCGAUCGAGACGCUGUGGCGGAGAAGUUGGCCGCUGCCGGUGUCAAGUUGGUGCACUCUCCGCAGUCGGAGUCCCGAGUAGUGGCACGCGUACCGGUGUGCAUCAGCAGCCUCGAUGACAAGAACAUCAAGCUUCUCUCUAGCGGCCCCUGGCACUACGCGGCAGUGUCGGAGGAUGGCUCUGUCUACACGUGGGGGGUAGGCAACAGCGGCCGUCUGGGCCACGGUGACCAGGAUGACCACCUGGUGCCCAAGGUGGUAACGGCUAUGAAGGGUAAACGUGUUGUCGACGUUGCCUGCGGCUCCUUCCACACGAUUUUUGUUGCUGACGACGGCGACGCCUACGCCUGCGGCGACAACCAGGGCGGCCAGUGCGGUGUAGUGGGUGAGUACUCGGUGCCGGUGCCGACGAAGAUCAACAUCACGGGUGGGCGUAAGGCGAUUCACGCGAGCUGUGGCCGCCUGCACACGACACUGCUGCUGAACAACGGCGACGUCGUCGUCUACGGAACAGGGCUGGGCCUGGGUGUCGGUAUUGGCUACGGCAUGCGCAUGGUGCGUUGCCAGGCGAUCUUGGAGAACUACACCACCUUGUGGACAAAGAGCGGGCCGACGCACGGGCUGUCUCUGACGAUCCCCAAGAACACAACGAUGUUUGUGCUCGGUGUCCCUCACCGCGGCGUGCCCGUCUCGGUCACUUCCAUUGGGCUCAAGGAGGGCAUCUUGUCCUGCGGCGUUGGCGCCGGCUUCACUCUGAUGAUCAGUCGGCGCGGCAGUUGCUACUCUUUUGGCGUUGGUGGGUGGGGGCAGCUGGGAUUCGACACUGCACAGGCGAGACACUUUACACAGGACCGUGUACCCGUGUACCCGCAGGCGACUCGCAUCGGUUUCUUCUCCCGCACCAUCAUCACAUCCGUCGCGGCCGGCUUCUCUUUUUCAAUGGCCAUCACCGAGGGGGAGCGGAUCUUCGCAUGGGGCAACAACAGCUUUGCCCAGUGCGGCCUCGGCGUUGACCCAAAGAAGUACCAGCGCAUCUCGCAACCUCGCGAGAUUACCUGGCUCGCUGACAAGGAGAUUGUUCAGGUGUCGUGUGGGAGCUACUUCGCACUAGCUCUCAGCGCUUCUGGCCAGGUGUACAGCUGGGGUACGAUUGAAUGCUGUGGCGUAGGACUGGAACCGGAUCCGAAGGUCGUCCCGGCGCACAUGAUCAUGCGCGACGUCUCUGGCGAAACCCGCGGUGUCGUGCUGUCACCGUUGCUCAUCGACAAUCUCAAGGGCAUCAUUCAUGUCGCCGCCGGCGGCUGGCACGGGAUGGCGCUCAACGCCAUAGGCGAGAUCUACGCCUGGGGUGUCGGGACAGGUGGCCGCCUAGGCACGGGUGACUGCGAGCACUGCUACACCCCGGUUCGCAUCACACACGGCGCCUUCUUCACACGCAUAGGCUGCGGCUGCUACACAAGUUACGGUAUCGACGACCGCGCCAGGCUGUACGUGUGGGGCGUCAAUGCUAAGAACCAGCUUGGCAUGUUGGAUGGCAAGGUGAUGACCCCGACGCUGGUGCUGGAGAAUGUGCGGGAGGCGUGCCUCGGCAAAUACUACUCACUGGCGCUCACCCACAGCAACACGUUCCAUUUAUCCGGCGUGAUGGAGUUCGGCUCCACCUCAUACACGAGUACGUCUUUUGACGACACCGACAGUUUGCCUGAAAAGCUGAAGCCAGAGAACAUUCAGUCGGAGAACUUACGGGGACUGAAGCUGUUUGGUGGCCUGGAGCAUGUCAUUGUGCUGCUCGAGAAAGACCCGAUCCCAGAGGCCGUUAUUACGGAGACAGUCAUGGGACUGCGGGAGCAGCCAGAGCGACUGGUGCGCAAGUACGCCGCUCAGGCGAAGUGA